AUGAUGACCCUAAAGCGCCAAAUUGAUGUCACUCCAAGAGCCUCAAAACGUCUAAAGACCAAGGCGAGAAAGGACGAAGCGGUAACGAUCUCGAGCACGUUGUUUGGCUGCACAGACAUCGUUGCCGAACUCUUCUCGUUUUUGGAUACAAACUCACUACUGCAGUUCUCGUGUGUCAACAAGGACUUUUCUUCCCUUCUCACUUAUAAUCAUGUGGUUCGGGCUACUAUGAUGUCUGGUGGAUACGCCGCUACGACUCUCGAACGCAUGAUCCCGCCUAUUCGAGAUCAGAUGAUUUGGAUUCCAUCACCUAUGAGACUUCUCCGUGUUGUCUCUGGAAAGCGAUGCGAAAGGUGCCAUCGGGCUACUCGCUACGUUUCCCCAUGUAUUGGUAUGUUUCUGUGCACUAGAUGUACUGGGGCAUGCUCCGAGAAGACUUUGCGGAAGAAUCCGGUGAAACGGUUCCUUGAUUGUAAAAGAGUUCAGCGUGUCCCUCUGAAAGGGCCUAGAUCCCCUCACAGAUUCCUAAUCAAGGCCCCCAUACAAGAUUCUACUGGCACAAACAUUGGACCGGUGGUAACUCUCCAAGAUAUUGAAACGAUGGCGACAAUCACGAAUAUGACCCAGGCUGAAAAAGUCGUCGCUAGACAUGUUGAAGAAUGCGACACUCGUCAGCCCAAAGCUAUUGCGUCUGCAAAUGCCAUUCUUUCGGCAGUCAACCAAAAUCGAGAAGAUGCCACUGCCCGAAAGAAUGCCAUUCUAAAAGCCAAACUGGAAGGGCAAAAGCGAUUCGAAGAAGCCCGCAAGAAACGAGUCGACGCGCUCCUUUUUGAACUCAAGGCUCUUUUGGGCGAGAACGUUUCUUGGAAAUCCAAUCUGGACAAUCGACGCUGGAAAUCUAAUGGCAACCAAUAUUUAUUCAGCGAUCCUAUACUGCAAGGAAUAUUGCAGCCAAUGCUUAAAGCACCCAGCAAAAUCAAUAAAAAGGUCCUCGGCGAAAUUCCAGGAAGAAUCCAAGCCACUGUCGACAAACGAGCUCUAAUGGACCUAUACAUCGAGAGGAUUUUGCAUUUUGUGGGCGAUGACGACGGAGAGCGAGCUUUACAGCACGGUUGGAAUACCGAAGGCUUUCACUAUAAUUUCUACAACCGUUCGAUCGGAAAACUUCUUGCCCAACCCCUGAAGGAUCCGUAUGCACUCAGUGAAGGAGACCUUCAAAAGCUCUGCGAGCAAGUCAAGGCCAUUGUGAACCGCAAACAUACUGGAAGGGUUGUGCUGCAAAAGCUUGCUUCGAAACUCGAAGGUUGUCCGUUCCAGGACGAUGUUCAGCAGUAUCAUUGGAUCAUCCAUCUAUGGGCUUAUGGCUUCCGUAACAUGCACGUUCAGAGGAUUCUGAGAGAGCCUCUUCUCGCACCUGAAGAGAUUACGGAGGAGAAGCUAAAUGCGAUUGCAGAACAGCUCCGAAUGGUCUUGGAAAAGAAGCAGGAGGCUUUUCGCAAGGUCAACCUUUUGUUGGAACCCACAAGAGAUUACCCUGAAUGGACCGGAAGGCUCAACAGCUGGUUCUGGAACUCGAGGGACAACAAAGUCAUCUUUCACAAUUUCGCUGCUCGUGAAAUAUUGAACCCCAAGUUUGCGGAUUUGGACAAUCUCACAGACGAAACUAUCGUCGGCUUAUCGAAGGAGGUGAUUAAACAUUUUGAAAAAAAGUAUGGAAAUGCAGAGUCUUGA